CGGAAAGAACGGAGUAAAAAAAACAAGUUUGAAUUCAAAACAACGAAUGUUUUUGUUCAGAAAUUGUGAUUUGAAAUUUGGUUGAUUACCGGUAUAUUAAUAGUACUUAACUGUUUAUAUUUUAUUGGAAUUUGUUGUUACUUCCACUUUUUAAAGUGCGAAAUGAUACCCUCACGGUUUAGCUCUGGACAAUCGGCUGCCAUGCGAAAAUCAAGAUUGGAAGGCAAACCGUCAAUGUUGCCGAAGCCCCGUCGGCCAGGUUCCACUGACCGCUUGUCGACGGAGGCUCGGCGGCCGAGCACCACUGGCCAGCGAUCCAGCAGCGCAGAACCGAGGGGCACGCUAGGGGCGAGCCGUUUCAGCAGAGAAGCUUCUGCUACUAAGAAGCAAUUAAAUGGGAGGUCGCGAUCUCAACAGGGAGACCGGGGCGCACAGUCUUUUAUGACACCGUUACGCUCCAGCCACUUCAGUGCCAGACCUGUUACUGGUUCUACACCGAGAACACCUUCGGAAGAUCAUUCAAGUCGCAACUGGCAAACCUCUCUUGAAAGAACCCUCGCUUUUGUCACUAUAAAGGAUCAAAGGCCGCUGUCCAACGCGGGUUGGCAGCGAGCGGAGUUGGCUCGCGUACAAGAGGCGUUGUCGGCGCGGGGCGGCGCGGAGGGCGGCAGCAUGGCUCUCAUCCGGCCCCUCACCAUCGCGCGCUUCGUCGACGUCGUCGGCGCCCUCGUGGCGGCCACGGCCAUCACCCGAGACACUUCACUCAACACCGACAACUACGUCACCAAGUUGCCGCAUCUAUCGAAACGCCUCUUGUACCCGGGCACAGUAGCGAAAUCAUGGCUGAAGACCGUCAACACUCUUCACGCGUUUCCUCACGCAUUAGGUCUCAUCGCCUACCUGCUGGACCUGGUCAACCACAUCGAAAUGCCGGUUCAUGACGACUGGGUUUACGUCGGUAAAGAUGAGCUAUCUCGUCUGCGACGCGACUAUCUGCGCAAAUGUUGGAUCAGUUUCCAAGACCCAGGCCACCAGUUUGAAGACCUGAAUGAGGAGUAUCUUCAGAAUUUGAAAUUGUUGCUUGGGAAUGAUGAAGAGAAGAUAGCAGAUCUGAAACAAAUCAUUAAGAAGUAUGAAGCGUGCCUCGAAGACGAAGCGGAAGUCGCGGCGCGCGCGGAAGAAGCUCAGCUCGCGGAACGCCGCGACUCGCUGCUCUCCCAGCUGCGGUCCUCGCGCGCCGCCAACACGCACGCGCGCGCGCAACGCGCCGCCGCACGAGCGCGCGCCGCCGACCUCGCGCGAGCCGUACAACAACUGGACCACGACAUGGAGCGCGCCGCGGCUGAGAGUCAACAAUUGAAGCGGGAACUGGAAGAGCAGCCAUUGAGCGUGGCAGAGCGAGCCAUGCUCCUCGACGAGGUGGACUACGCGCACCGCGUGCAGGACUCCAAGCGGGCGCUCGCGCAACAGAUAGACAAGAUGGUGCUCAGCAAGGAGACGGAUCUUGCACUGUGGCAGAAUAAGACGUUGGACAGCUGCAGGGAGUACAAGCAGGGGCUGAUACACCUGUCGUCGCAGUUCCCGUCCCUGGCUGCGCUCGCCAUUGAAGAAAAGGAGUUAAUGGGCGCUGAAUGUGCAGCCCACGUGUGUACAGCGCUGGAAGCCUUAAAAGAAUUAGCCGCUAGUCUGGCCGGAGACCGCGCCCGCCUCACUAAGCAACGGUCAGAGCUGGCGCGUCAUCGGGCUACCUUACUGGAAGAGACUCGCGCUAAAAUAGCGGAGUUGAAAUCCAACACCCAGCGCACGCAGCACUCAAUCGACGAAGAAUCUAGCGCCGAAGCUUCAGAAGCUGCCGCUCAUAAUGAACAGAGGGCAUCGCUCACCGAAGCGCUGGAAGCGCUGCGAGCGAACAGUGCCGAGUACAAGCGGGUUGAAGGCGAGCUGGAUUUCUGGGAGAAGCAGAACGAUGCAUGGCAGAGCAAAUUAUUGUCGCUGAAAGAGUACAUAGCGAGUCAACACACGGAAGCAGCUCAUUUGCUAGAAGCUGCGCGCACUAAAAGAAUCAAUCUUUUAGUCGAAACUAUCGCUAAUUGGGAGACCAAGCUAGAGACUACCAGCAACUGAUAAUAAUAAAAUUAAAAGCCAUUAAAAAGUUAGUUCCAAAUGUUGAUUUAGCCACUAAGAUAAUAGUGUUUUUUGUAAAUAGGUAGGUAUAUUAUUUGCAUGUCUAUUUUCUGAAUAAAUUGUUAUUUUUAUAAGGAAAAUUUUAUUUGUGUUUGAUUCAUUUGUUAUUUAGUUAUUUUACGUAGGCAGUGGAAUUUGUGCAAAUGGCUGCUACUAUAUGAGAAGUUAUAUCCUAUUUUUCCGCGUGCUUGCUUGUAUAAGUAAUUGCAAAUUCCUUAAGCAAAACCGGAUAAAUAAACUUGCGCUGUAGAUGUGUUUGUAUGAUAAAUUGCUACUGCACAGGCUACGUAGUUUGUGGUUGAUGCUCGAGAAUUUUGCUGGAAUGUAUACUUAUAAAUAAUAAAUAAAUAUUUCCAACAAUC